CAAUGGAUACACAUGUACUUGUGUUCCUGGAUAUGAGGGUUUGAAUUGUGAUGUUGAUAUAGAUGAGUGUGCUAGCAGUCCAUGUUUAAAUGGAGUGUCAUGUGUGGAUGGAAUUGAUGGUUACUCAUGUAUUUGUAUUCCUGGAUAUGAGGGUUUGCAUUGUGAUGUCGAUAUAGAUGAGUGUGCUAGCAAUCCAUGUUUGAAUGGAGGAACAUGUGUGGAUGGAGUUGAUGGUUACAUAUGUUCCUGUUUUCCUGGAUAUGAGGGACCAGAAUGUACUCACCCUGAUUCCAGCCCAUUGUGUUUACAAUCAGGGGUAUUGACGGCGCUACAUCCUGGUACUUCUGGUAACACCUACGAAGACACCUCAGGUAGUGGAGAACACAAUCUGCAGGUGACACAGCUCCGACAUAUAUCUGACUGUAAGACAAGACAAGACAAUUAGAAAUAGAAAGAUGACCAAUGACUCAAAGUUAAUCAGCUCCAAAACUUGGUAUGAACAUUCUUAUACUGGGCAAAAUUUGAUAUUCUGAAAUCAUGAUGACAAAAGCAAGAUGCACAAAAAUUGGAAAAAAACAUACAAAUUAACAUCAAUUCCA